CUAUAUGUAUGCAAGUACAUAAAUAUUUCUGUGAGCAAGCAAUUAGAAUAGGUUUAUUUAGUACUGUUUCUUGAAUCGCCCUCGACAGCUGACUGCGAUGAUAACAUGUGAAUGGCUAAAGUCGCGCUUACGGCUGUCAGUGGGUAGACACCCCUGCUCAGCAAGAGAUGUAUACAAACUUCGUGGCUAAAAGAAAAAAAUUUAAUUAGUCAACAACAAAAAAGCUGUGAAGUGCAUUUCAUGGGCAACAUGGCAAGCCUGGAUCUGCGACAAAGCUCAACGCUCCACAGCCUGGUGUGCCAGUCUAUAUUGGUGCUGUUGUGUUUAAUCUGUUAUGGCUAUGGCGGUCUAAGCGGUGCAAAAUUUGUGUUCGAUGACACUGUGGCCAUUGUUAAGAACAAAAAUGUCAACACACUGCCUACCAAUUGGACGGCGAUCUUUAGCCAUGACUUUUGGGGUGCGCCGCUCCUAAGCGCAGAUUCGCAUAAAUCGUUUCGGCCACUAACAACGCUCAUGUUCCACUACGAAUACGCUUUGCUUGGCCUGAAUGCCGCCCAUAUGAAAUUUCUCAAUCUCUUGCUGCACUGCGUCAAUACGUUACUCAUGUGGCGCCUUGUACGGUCGCUGUAUGUGGAAGAUAUAGACAUUGAACGUUGGGCGACGAUAUCAGCGGCACUAUUUGCCGCCCAUCCGGUGCACACGGAAGCCGUAUCUGGAGUAGUGGGCAGAGCGGAGCUAAUGUUUGGGUUAAUACACCUCCUUUGCCUGCUCCUAACAGUGGCUAGUGCAGACAAGCAAGGCGUGAGCAGUGUUAGUCUCAUUCUAUUGCUUACAGCAGUUGGCAUGCUGUUCAAGGAGUCCGCCGUAACCAUACCGUUAUCCUGCAUUAUGUUGGACUACUUCCAGAACGGAACCUACAUGUUGCCGCUGAAGCUACAGCAGCGGGUGAUCACCACACGCCUACGCUACCUGUGCUAUCUGUGCGGCAUGCUCUCCCUACUGAUUUUGCGUCUCUGGUGGCAAAACUUUGAAGCGCCGGAAUUCAAACCCGUGGACAAUCCAAUUGCACACAAUGAGCAGCUGCUCACGCGUGGUCUAUCGCAACAGUACCUGUAUGUGGUGAACUUCUGGCUGAUGCUGUGCCCGCAAUGGCUAUGCUUCGACUGGGCGCUGGGCUGCAUCAACCUGGUGACCAGCAUUUGGGAUAUGCGUCUGCAGGCAGUCAUUGCCUUCUAUUCCUUCAUAAUUGUCUCCGUGAUGAACUUUCGACGACUCGCAGGCCUUAUGCUCGGCUUGGCCUUGAUGGUGAUUCCAUUUCUGCCCGCUUCCGGAAUUAUACGUGUGGGAUUUGUUAUUGCGGAACGCACAUUGUAUGUGCCAUCGAUUGGCUUCUGCUUGGUGUCCGUCUAUGGCUUCCUCUACUGCUAUCAAAACUAUGCGGGCAACAUUUAUUGCCGUGCGGCUCUGCAGGCGCUGCUCAUGCUGCUCUUUGCAGUGUUCAUGAUACGCACGCGCCAGCGUGCUGCCGAAUGGCUAAAUGAGGAGCAGUUGUUCAACUCGGCGCUGCAGGUGUGCCCGAACAAUGCCAAGGUACACUAUAACAUAGCACGGCUGGCCACGGACAAUGGCAACAGCAGCCGAGCAUUUCAGCACUAUUUGAAGGCUGUUCAACUGUAUCCGGAGUACGAGUCGGCGCUGAUGAAUCUGGGCAAUCUGUAUCGCGAGUAUGGACAACUGCAGACGGCUGAGAAGUAUAUUCGCGCUGCAUUGGCUGCCUAUCCCGCUUUUCCCGUAGCGUGGAUGAAUCUGGGCAUCGUGCAGUCGGCGCAGAAGAAAUACGACCAGGCACUGGACAGCUAUAGACAGGCCCUCAAGUAUCGCUCCGAUUAUGCCGUCUGCUACUAUAACAUGGGCAAUCUGUUUCUGGAGCAGCAUCAAUACGGCGAGGCGCUGCAUCAUUGGCAGCAUGCCGUAGCCGUCAAUCCGCGACAGCCCAAAGCUUGGGCUAAUAUUCUAACCAUGCUAGAUAAUCGCGGCAUGUACGAGGAUGCUCUACGAAUUUCCAGUCAGGCUCUAACCCAACUGCCCAAUGAACCGAGCAUUAUGUUUAUACGGGCGAAUGUGCUCGGUAAACUGAAGCAUUACAUGGAAGCGGAGACACUAUAUAAGCAGGUCCUUGACCUGGAGCCACAGAAUAUGCUGUAUCACACGAAUCUCGGUGUGCUCUACCAUCGCUGGGACAAAUUGGACGAAGCCAUCGAAUGCUAUCAGACUGCCAUUAGCAUUAAUUCCUUGCGAGCGACGACGGCGCGAGAUAAUCUGGGCAAGCUCUUGAAGCGCUUGAACCGCGAAUCUUAUAAGGAACCACAGCAAUAAGGAUCCUUCCAAAAGGGAACCCUACUCUAAGUUAAAGACAUCUGGUCAUAGUUGUAAGUUUCAUCCAGCUUCGUAACAAUCCAAUAUUUAAAAAUAAGUGUAAGAAAUGAUUUCGAAAAGUUUAAGAACUGAUUGCGUGACUUUUUAUAGAUAUUUAAAAGAUUUUCUUAGUUGAGAGUAAAACGUUUACGAAUGAACCACAAAAAGGAACACUCAUAUCAAUUGCUCUGUUGUAUAUAUCCCACAUUAAGUAAACAGUUCUUAUUUACACUGCCAGUAAAACGUUUAUAAAUCAACCACAAAGAAGAAUUGUAAUCUGAAUUGUUUCCAUAUUCUCAGUCAUUUUUUUAUCAACGAAUGUGUCACAAAGCAGAAAUUUAAAAUUAAAUAGUCCAUCAAUGGCGUAAACCCCCAAAUAGAUCGGUAAUAUGUUUAUAAUGAAAUAGUCAUUCUUGUGUUUCUAUGCGCUUGAAUGAUAUCACGCUGUCUGCCUUAUCAAUAUUUGUGGUUGCCUAUGACAAGUCAUCCAUAUCAUAUCUUCUAACUAACACCGAUCUCUGUCAACUUGAAUGUUCCACUCUAACUUUUUGAAAUUAUA